AUGCCACUGGGUAGAAAAAAACGGCCUUCGUCUGCUGGAGCCAAACUUGAGACCCAGAACAUGCUCAGUAUUUUGACAGAACCUGUGCAUGGUGCAUCCAUACUGAACCAAAAGACUGGCAUGGGGUAUAGACAGCUGUCUGCCAGGAUGCCCCCUACUGGUGGCAUGAUUCUCAGUAAUAUAGGUCCUACUGAGAAGAGCCAACAAUGUCCUGACUGGCAAGAAAAAGAGCUGUUGAGACAAGAACCCAGACGACACUCUAUUGCCAUGGGAGACACAUCUAAACUCAGCAUACGGCAACACCGCAGAGGAGAUCUCGCCAACAAACUCUAUGAGUUGAAGGUGGAGCAUGUGGUGUCUUAUGACAAUCUUAAACAUCUUAAACUGGCCUUUGAUGAGUUUGCAAAGGCUGGCAUCAAGAAACUCGAUUACCCACAAUUCCGAUCUGUGGUUAAAAAAUGCUCGGGUUUGCAUGCUGUUAAAAAUGCUCAAAUUCAGCAACUUUUCAUGAAGAUCGAUUACACCGGCGACGGCAUGAUUGAGUGGCAUGAGUUUUGCACUUACAUGCACCUGGAGUACAAAGAGAAAGAGGAGACAGUGCGUCGCAGCACGAUGGCGACUUUCACUUUGCCGGCUAAAAUAAUGCACCUGAGCCGUGGGGAACCUGUUCUGGAAAUUCAAGCCGCUCAUGACGGCACCAUUGUUACUGUCAGAGAAGAUGGAGUUGUCAACUACUGGAGCCCUAAGCUCCAGCUGAAGAACAACAAAAAUGUGUUUCCGGAGAGACACAUAAGUCAAACGCAGAAACGGGCUACAGAUUUUGUAUUUAUGACAGAGUAUGACAAACUAAUUAUUGGAACUGGAGCCAGAGAGAUCCAGAUUUAUGAGUUCUCCUCUUUGGAGCCUUGCUGCCAGAUAAGUGCACUAGAAACUGUGCCUUUAAACUUGGAUUACUGCUGCACAGGUCCAGAUAAAUGUCUCAUUUUAUAUGGGGACACUCAGGGCUGUGUGAACAUCCUCAUAAUGAAGUCGGUCUCAGAGACACUCAGGUUGUGGAAAAAGUCUCCGCAGGUGGAUAACAUGCCAAACAUCAGCCUUGAUCACGCAGCCCAGUUUCCAAAUAUAACAUAUUUGAGAUGGAAAGUCCACCAAGACUGGGUGUCAAAGGUCAAAUACUUUCACAGCAUACCUGCCAUCAUAUCUGCAUCCAACCACAAAGACUCUGCCCUUGUUAUCGGGUGCCUCCUUCCAUCAGCCGACAUCCGCCAACAGAUAAACGAAGUGUGUGGAGACGGAAAACCUAAAAAGAUCCAAAUACCCAGCAGUCCACAGCUGAGGCCGGCCGGUGACCAAAAAGUCUUUGCUGUUGGUAAAGGAGUCAUGAGCUUUGACUUCAGUAAGAGUGAAAACCUUUUGGUCACCGGUGGGAUGGACAAGCUGUUGCGUAUGUGGAAUCCGUACAUGCCAGAAAGACCAACUGGGACUUUGAAAGGUCAUUUAGCACCCAUUUUCUAUGUCUGUAUUGCCUCAGAAGACGGCCACAUUUUCUCAGUCUCCAGAGACAACACUGCAAAGAUAUGGAAUAUUCAGGAUCACACAUGCCUGUUCACCGCACAUCCACAAGAAAGUCAUAUAGAAGGAGAACUGUCAGCAUGCCUCUACUCUUCAGAUGUGAAGGGGCUUUACAUCUCCGCAGAUUCCCUUGCUUUGCUCUCCUUGGAGACAAAACCACAACAUAAGGGCCGUCAAAUUGUGUCUCAUUGCGAGCCAGUGUUGUGCUGUGGAUACAGUGAAGAAUUCAGGCAGGUGGUGAGCUGCUCAGAGGGAUCGGUUGUCAAAGUCUGGGACGUUGACACUGGUGCUCAAGUGUUUGAAUAUGGGUGUGCGCAUGGACAGGCUGCUAUUACCUGUAUGGCAUUUGACAGUAAUGGAAGGAGGCUGGUGACUGGUGGAAGAGACGGCUCCCUCAAAAUGUGGAACUUUAACAACGGCGAAUGCCUAAAGAUUCUUAGGGCAGAUGGAAGAUGUGCAGAGAUUUGUGACUGCUCUUAUCUCAAACUGCACAGGAGCGCGUUUGUGAUUUCUGUCGGUUGGGGCCGCAGGAUUGACAUUUACUCGGACUCCAUUGAAGAAACUCGGUACAAUCAGAAACCCAAACCUUCCUGGCAGGAUGAUGUGAGGAUUGGACACAAAGAAGACAUCUUAUGCAUCGCACACUGUGCGCCUCAUCUCUUGGCCACUGGCAGCUACGAUAGCGAGAUCAUCGUGUGGAAUGUGGUGUCGGGUCGUAUACAGUGUCGCUUUCACACCCCUCAGACUCCUGACGCUAGUAGCAGCACUUAUGUCCUUAAGAACACAAGUGUCCUGAGUCUCAUCUUCUUAAAGACCCGGGCAUUCGUCACUGAACUGUCCUCCUCUGCUUGGCUCAUAUCUUCAGGAUGUCAAGGUUAUCUUAACUUCUGGAGCGUUCUGAACGGGGGAAAGUUCAUUACAUCUUUUCAGGAUUCUCAUUCAAAGCAGCAGAAUGUCAAACUGGCUUUAACGCAAGACGACAGCUUGCUUUUCACAGCUGAUCGUGUCGGUUUCAUCUCUGUGUACGAUGUCAAGGAAUAUGCCCUGCACCCUGAGCAAAAGCCUCCUGAAAAGGUGAAAUUUUGGCGAGCACACAUCAGCAGAAUCACUGGACUAAAGAUAAUUGAGGAUGACCAAUUUCUGCUCACCUCAUCUGUGGACUGCUCGGUACGGCUGUGGAACGUCAACGGGCAUUUCAUAGGUACAUUUGGUCAAGCGGAAAGUUGGAGCAUCCACAAUCCAUCUUCCUGGAAGCACCCAGAUGUUCCCUAUGAGGUUCUUGUAGAUCCGUUAAGCAUGCCCUCACAUCCCAUACUGGAGAAGGAGAUCAAUAUGGCAAAUUUUCUUCACAUUGAAAUGAAUGAAAGUGUAAACAAGGAGAUGGACAACAAGAGUGAUUCUCCAUCAAUCCUCAUGACAAAGACUGAACGUGCAUCAACUCCUCAUCUGUUCUAAGUCAGUCAGUAUCUUGAACCAAAAAUGGAGAAACAAGAAACAGCAGCACAAGUGUUCUG